CAGCUCGGACUUCUAGAUACCUCUUCCUACAAUGCCUAUCACCGUCGAAGACUUCCUGGACACCGCAGACUUUGCUGCCAACUCAUCUACUGCCUAUAAAACAGUCAUCGGUCCUCUCGUUCGCAUGUUAUGGCCAUACAAGCUAUUGCGCAAGGGCGACAAGCGUCUUUCUUCUGCCCUUGAUUUACUGGACGAGGGGCGCGGUUACAUGGAUCGCAAGCUGCAUCGAAAGUACCAUGAUCGACAUGAUGAGCUUUUCGAUUUAGGACAGACGUUGCGUAGCAUUGGUGGCAUUCCUAGCUGGUCGCAAUACAAAGACUUCCAGCGGUAUAAGGCGGACGCCAAGGUACUCUACCAGGAUACCGCGAUCUCUUCCAGGCAAGCCAGAAGCCUGCAUAUACGGAAACUGAUGGAUAACACGAAUUGCGCGACUGCGGCUGUAGGUCUUGAAUCCCAGCGCGCGGACAAUCACCACUGUACCGGCCUCACGACAGUGGAGGAUGCGGAUGAGCGUGACAUAACGGAACAGUUAGCCGAGGGCUCAGGCCGACUGGGAAACCAAUACCCAUCUUCCGCUUGCAUUCCACUCCGCGAAUUUGAGACUUCCACGAGACGCUACAUCGACUCAAUACAGGACGACAGCUCCAUUCUGCAGCACCGCCCAAUGUGGGCAGGUGAUGAAGGUUCCAUGCCCGGGCCCCGACGACCUCGCAGCGCAUGCUGCAACUUAUGACG